GUGUGUGUGUGUGUGUGUGUGUGUGUUUGACUGACGGCCCCCUUUGCAAAUUGCAUCUGACGUGAGGCCUGUCUGUGAAGGUACAGACUGUAAUCAGAGAGCAUCCUUUAUAGGUACAGCUCACAUCCUGAAUGAGAGAGCAGGACAAGAGAGGGGGAAAGGAAAGCAAAGUGUUCUAUUUUUGUUUUGGAGGGCCAAGGGUAGAGGGGGGCCGGUUGAGAGACUGUCACUGACCCAAAGAUCACUGACCUGUAUUUUCAUUUUGGUCAGAAAAGCUCUUUGGAUGGUUGUGCAUGGUCAGAGGGAUGUGACUGCAUUUGGAGCGCGGCUUUGUGAAUUUAAUCCGAUUCUUAAUAGUGUAAUUCUAAAUAAAGGCAGACAAGAGAUAGCUUCUGAGGAAUCAUGGCCAGAUUUCGGCGGAAAACCUGCGUCGCUUUAUCGCUUUUCACACUCUUCAUUUUCGGCACAAUGAUGGGGCUGAGGAUGCUGAAACAGACCGAGGGUUUGGGGGAGCCGGGUGCGAGGCUCCAGCAGUUUCCCCCGGAGGACAGACGGCGGCUAGUGCCGGUCAAAGCCAUCCUAAUGCUGCCUCCCACCGUGACCAAGGCAGCGGCGGCGAUCUCCGGCCCCUUGCCCGGCUACCCCCCGAUCAACCCGGACCUGCACAUCUUCUACUACGCCUGGUACGGCAGCCCCCGCUUCGACGGCAGGUUCCUGCACUGGGACCACCUCCUGGUCCCUCACUGGGACCCCAAAGUGGCCGCCAGUUAUCCGAGAGGCCGGCACCACCCGCCCGAGGACAUCGGCUCUAGCUAUUACCCGGAGCUGGGACCCUACAGCUCCCGGGACCCCCAUGUCAUCGAGGAACACAUGAGGCAACUUCGGUCUGCAGCCGUGGGUGUAUUGGUGUUGUCUUGGUAUCCUUCUGGAUUAGAAGACAACAACAGUGAACCGGUGAAUGACCUGGUACCCGCCAUACUGGAUGCUGCAGACAGAUACAGAUUAAAGGUGGCAUUUCACAUCUUACCGUACAUAGGACGUAAUGACCACACAGUGUAUGAGAACAUCAAGUACAUUGUGGACAAGUAUGGGUCUCAUUCAGCGUUUUACAAGUACAGGACCAAUACUGGCAGAUUAUUGCCUAUGUUUUACAUCUAUGACUCCUACCUGACAUUGCCAGCUGCCUGGGCCAAUCUCCUCACAUCCUCAGGAUCUCUCAGUGUUCGCAACACACCAUAUGACGGAAUGUUUAUUGGUCUGUUAGUGGAGGAGAAGCACAAACAGGCAAUCCUGGAGUCGGGAUUUGACGGCUUAUACACUUACUUUGCAUCCAACGGAUUCUCAUUUGGAUCGUCCCACCAAAACUGGAAGACCAUCAAGAACUUCUGUGACAGCAACAACCUGAUGUUCAUUCCAAGCGUGGGGCCAGGAUACAUAGAUACCAGGAUACGCCCUUGGAACAAUCAUAAUACACGGAACCGAGUCAGUGGAAAGUACUAUGAAACUGCCCUCCAUGCUGCUCUCACAGUGAGACCAGAGAUCAUUUCCAUCACAUCUUUUAAUGAGUGGCAUGAAGGCACGCAGAUAGAGAGGGCAGUGCCAAAGAAGACUGCACAGUACACCUACCUGGACUACUUGCCACAUGAGCCGAACCUGUACUUGGAGCUAACACAUAAAUGGGCUGAGCAUUUUUGCAAAGAGAAAGAACAAUGGCUGAUGUAAAAAUCUUAUAAAUAAGAAGUUCCUUCAGAAAUACCUACAAAUGUACCUUGACAUUUGCUUUAUAUUAAAAAGAACACAAGCCUUUUCUGGUCAAUGAAGUCUAUAGAAUCCUUCACUAUGUGUUGCUGCGUGCUUGGUCAUAUUUAUGAUGCUGGAGUUGAGAAGCUAACGUCAACAGGUGUAAGAGGCACCUUAACUAUGUGCAAGUGUCAUGGGAUCAUUCGACUGACAAUACACUGUUAAGGUUUGGGAUGAGAUUUUGGAUUGAGAUAAUGUAAUAGUUGGGUUUGCUGGACAACUGCUCUUUCCAGUGUUCAGCAGUUGGCCCUUUUCCUAGUCCACACCUGACACACCCUCAAACAACCAAAGAUGUUCCAGACAUUUCCUACCCAUGUAGUUCUGUGGGGAAUUGACUUUAAAUACAAUGAAGACAGUUGUGUUUUGGCACUACAGUAGGUAAUCAGUCCCUAAGGAACUCAAUCUAAUUAAUAGCAUCAUUCAAGGCUGUACUCUUGGGUAAAAGGUAGAAGCUGAGGUAGUGCAUGCCCCAUCAAACAUUCCCAUUGACUUCUGGGCUGCAAUUACCAAACACUGGUACUUACUGAAAGCAAAAUAUUGUGGAUGCUAGAGAUCGGAAAUAAAAACAAAAUGGUGGAGAAACUCAGCAGGUCUGGAAGUAUCAGUGGAAAAACAGUUAACAUCACCAAUACAUUAACUCAAAUUUCUCUUUGCCAAGUCUGCUGAGUUUUCACAGCACUUUUGGCUCAUAAGGGUAUUUAUGCUUAAAUACUCCAUCCAGGGGAAAGUGUGAGAUUCCAAUCAAGGACAAAACACGAAAUAGGAUCUUAUUCACUUGAUGUUUUAUACAAUGUUUUAAGUAAUAAUCCUUUUUGCAAACCAAAUGAGAGCUUGAAGGAAGGAACAAUCUAUUGAGAUCUUUCAGUCUGCAAGUUUAUCUUUUAUUCCCCACUUGAUCUUGCGGCAAUCAAACAAAAACUGCUUUGGUUAUUCAAUGCAUGGAAAAUGGGAAAUGGGGAAAAAAGCAAUUGUAAAGUUUCAAGUGGCAAUUUCAGCUGAUUAGUUGUCUUACCUCA